CAUAAUAAGGCAAGGUACUUGUCACUGUCAGUUCAGUUUGAAUACUUUGAAUUAAAUAAAAUAUGCAUUGGAGUUGAGUGUGUAUUUUAAAGGAGAUAUUAUAGCAAAUUACCGUAAAUGUUUAAAAAAGGAAACAACCAACCGACAUGACUGCAGUCGAAUGGAAUUGGAUUCCGUUUUGCGGCGAAGAAUUCGUCAUAUGGUCGCCAAGUCAACAUGACUUUGGAAUUUGUUUUCAAAAUACCUUCCUCCACAUCCCGAUUCUGGCGAUAUUUGGCAUUUCCUCGGCGUAUUAUUUCGGAUUGCAAACUGGAAUUGUUUUGCGAACGAGACGGCAAACAUUUGCUAUAAUUACAAGAAGUAUUGUCUCCUUGAUACUCGCCUUUUUUCCACUAGUUGAAUUUUGCAAUGUUUAUUUCUACGGGGACGCGUUAGAUAAGGCCUCGUUGAUGUUAGUGGCCGUACAAGGCGUAUGUUGGUUUUCGCAUUUCUUUUACACAUUAAGACUGAAAAGGGGCCUUACGAAAAACCCGCGAGGCCCAAUGUUAAUGACAAUUAUUUGGCUAAUUAUAUUUUCACUGAGCGUUCUGACUGCUAGAAGUUACUACUUAAUCUACAAACAUAAUAGCAGCGAAAGAAAAUUCAGGAACGAAUCGUUUCUCUACAGUUGCGUUAACCUAGGAUUGCUACUCGUAUACGGAAUGUCUCUAAUACCAAGCGAAAGUAGCGAAGUUAACGCUCGUUCGAUCAGCUCCGAAAAUGAUCCUUUACUUGGUAGCAAUUCGCACACCUACGUGCGAUUUAGCGGCGUUGAAGAUUCGCAAUACAUCGGAGUGGCAAUGGAAAACGCCAGUUUAACAUCGAGGUUGUUUUUCUCCUGGGUAAACGCUUUAAUAAAGAAAGGAGCAAACGACGGUCUAGUGUCUUCCGAUGACUUGUACGAUCUUCCACCGUCACUAAGCACCUCGUACAACGGCAACAAAUUAGAACAUCAGCUAAACGAGACUCCCUCGUCGAAGUACCUCUUCCUGAAGGCCCUCUACAAAUGCUACGCUUGGGAAUUCUUCAGCGUGGGCAUAUUGAAGCUGAUAGCGGAUUGUUCGGGCUUCGCCGGCCCCAUUUUGCUCAACAGAUUAGUCAGUUUCAUAGAGAACAAGUCCGAAGCCACCGAAUGGGGCUACGUUUACGCUCUCGCGCUCAUCGGAAGCACCACUUUAGCGGCCCUCUGCGAUACCCACUUUAAUUUCCUAAUGACCAUCGUGGGGUUGAAGAUGCGAGGCGCCCUCAUAACCACCAUCUACAGGAAGAUUCUAUCGGUGAAUUCGAUGGUGUUGAAUUCCAAUUUAUCAGUAGGGGAGAUAUUGAAUUUCAUGUCGACCGAUACCGAUCGUAUAGUGAACUCCUGUCCGAGCUUCCACUCGUUAUGGAGCAUCCCGUUUCAGAUAGCCGUUACUUUGUAUCUGCUCUACCAGCAAGUGGGACUCGCUUUCUUGGCCGGGCUGGCCUUCAGCGUGAUAUUAAUCCCCAUAAACAAGCUGAUUGCUAAUAAAAUCGGCGAGUUGAGCGCGAAAAUGAUGGAACAAAAGGACGCUCGAGUGAAAUUAACGUCCGAAGUACUGAGCGGCUACAAACCGAUCAAAUUGUACGUGUGGGAACGCCAUUUCAUAUCGCUGAUAACGAGGAAGCGGGACGUCGAGCUGAAGUAUUUGAAGAGCAGGAAAUAUUUGGACGCUUUGUGCGUUUAUUUUUGGGCUACUACUCCCGUCAUUAUAUCCAUUUUGACUAUAGGAAGUUAUGUGUUGCUGGGGAAUGAAUUGAACGCCGCCAUCGUAUUCACUACUAUAGCCUUGUUGAAUAUGCUUGUGAGUCCAUUGAACGCGUUUCCAUGGGUCCUAAACGGCCUGACUGAAGCCUGGGUGUCUGUGAAGAGGAUACAAAAACUACUGGACCUACCGAACAUCGAUUACAGCGAGAUUUACGAUGAAAUUAAAGAAGAUAACGUCGAAAUAUCCAUUUCGAACGGAACCUUCCAAUGGGACUUCGGAAAGGGCAAAGAGUUUAAAUUAACCGACAUCAACGCGACUGUUAACAAAGGCGAAUUCAUCGGCGUUAUCGGACCAGUAGGUAGCGGUAAAUCGUCCUUACUAGCCGCCAUUUUGGGCGAAUUGUCCCGGGAAUCCGGCAGCAUUUCCAUCAAACACAUCGAUACCGGUUUCGCGUUUGCAUCGCAACAAACGUGGCUCCGACGGGGCACCAUCAGAGACAACAUACUCUUCGGGCAGCCCUUCGAAGAAACCAAAUACAAAUCGAUCAUAGCCGCUUGCGGUCUCGAAGAGGACCUGCUGGAGCUCGGCGACGGCGACAUGACUAAAGUCGGAGACGGCGCCGGUACUUUAUCCGGCGGCCAAAAGGCCAGGAUAGCCCUGGCUCGCGCCGUCUACCAAGACAAAUCCGUGUACCUGCUCGACGACGUGUUCUCGGCGGUGGACGUUAAAGUGGGCAAGCUGAUAUUCAACCGGUGCGUGAUGGGAUUGUUGAAGGAGAAAACGAGAGUGCUGUGCACGCACAACUUACAGUAUUUAUCCAAAGCCGAUAGGAUCGUGGUGAUGGAGAGCGGGAGGAUCAAGGAGAUCGAAACGACCGGUAAUGUAUCGGGAAUCCGGGAUUCGGUCGCGUUCGAUUCGGAACUGGAAGUACCGGUUGUUAACGAAUCAUCGGUGGCGAGGAGCGGAGAGGAGGGCGAGGAUUUGUACAAAGAAGUGAGCAAAAAGGGCAGCGUGGAAUUGAAGGUGUGCGUGUCGUAUUGGAAGAGCAUGGGGCACUUCGUAAGCGUUUCAAUUCUCGUCGCUAUGGCUUUAAUGCAGAGCACCAGAAAUAUAACGGAUUGGUGGUUAGCCAACGAAGUAACAAUACAAGAUAACGCCACGAACAAUUCGCUCGAAGAUUUCGACGCUUAUUUAUUCACGCACAAGGACGACACGAAGAAAUUCCUGCUGGUCUAUCUCGGCUUCGCUGUAGCCAACACUUUAUUCACGCUGAUCAGAGCGUUCGUAUUCGCCUACGGUGGCAUCGUCGCCGCCAAAGCCAUCCACAAGAAACUCCUCAAAACCGUACUAAAAAGCAAAUGCGCCUUCUUCGAUGUCACGCCGCUCGGCCGGAUCAUCAACCGAUUCUCCAGCGACACCUACACGAUCGACGACUCCCUACCGUUCACGCUAAACAUCCUCCUCGCUCAACUAUUCGGAUUACUCGGCUCGCUCACCAUCACCGUCUACGGCCUGCCGUGGAUCUGCGUGAUCCUCGUACCUUUGAUACCGAUUUACACGUGGCUGUUGAACCAGUACCGCGUCACCUCCAGGGAACUGAAGCGCAUAUCGAGCGUGACGCUGUCGCCGCUCUACAACCACUUCGACGAGACGCUGCGCGGCUCGACGACCGUCCGCGCCAUGCGCAAAUCGGGCCGCUUCCGCGCCGAGAACGACGAGCACGCCGAGAGCAACGUGAAGGCGCUGCUGGCCGGACAGGCGGCCGCCCGCUGGCUCGGCCUGCGCCUGCAAUUCAUCAGCGUGGCCAUCGUGGCGGGCGUGAGCGUGGCGGCGGCCGUGCAGCACCAGUACGACGUGGCCGAUCCCGGCUUCAUCGGGCUGGCCGUGUCGUACGCGCUGUCCAUCACCGGCAGCCUGGCGGGCGUCGUGAACGCCUUCACGGAGACCGAGCGCGAGAUGAUAGCCGUGGAGCGGGCGAACCAGUAUUUCGACAACGUGACGCCGGAGAGGACGCUGUACGCGAUGGAGCCGCCGUUCGCGUGGCCCGGCCAAGGGGUGGUGGCCUUCGUCGACGUGACUAUGCGGUACCGGUCCGAGUUGCGGCCGUCGCUUAAAAACGUCACGUUCGAGACGCGCCCGUCGGAGAAGAUCGGCGUGGUGGGUCGAACGGGAGCCGGUAAAAGCUCGCUGAUAGCCGCUUUGUUCAGAUUAGUCGAGCUGUCUGAAGGCAGCGUCUCGGUGGAUUCCGUCGACGUGAAGCUUCUGUCGCUGGACGCGUUGCGAUCGAGGAUGUUUUGCAUACCGCAGGAGCCGUUCCUCUUCGGCGGUACGCUCAAGGAGAACUUGGAUCCUCUCGGGGAGUUUACCGACAACGAAAUUUGGUCGGCCGUGAGGAAGGCUAAUCUGUACGAUACGGUAGCGGCUUCCGGCGGAUUGGACUGCGCCAGCGGCGGUCUCUCGUCCGGCGAGAGGCAGCUGGUGUGCCUGGCGCGGGCGGUGCUGCGCAAUCCCAAAGUGGUGUGCAUCGACGAGGCGACGGCCAACGUGGACGAGGAGACGGAUAGGAUCAUACAGGGCGCUCUGAGGACGGCGUUCAGGAACAGUACGGUGCUGACGAUAGCGCACAGGAUUCGAACGGUGUUCGAUUCGGAUCGCGUCAUCGUCAUGGAUCAGGGGGAGAUCGUCGAAUUCGACGAGCCCGGCGUGUUGAUGGCGAAUCCGGAUUCGUAUUUUUACAAAUUAGUCAAAAAUGUUUCGUAAAUUUGAGAUUUUUAUAUUUGUUAAUUAAUUAAACGAAUUUUUUUUAUACAAAUAUUCCGAUGUUGCAUUCUCCUCCGUUUGGCGCAAAAUUAUUCAUUAGGUCCUAAUAUCAAUCUAAACAUAAUAUUUUAUUAGAACGUCGAAUUUUAACGAAAAAAUAAAAUAUAAACCACUUUUCCUCGAAAUACAAGAAUUGUAAUAAAAAAAAUCAUGCGCUUAUGUAUAUAUACAGAGAAUGAACUAUUUUACUUCUUAUUACUUAGUAAGUAAACAUAAAUCGGUUAUACAAAAAAAACAGAAAAAGAAACCACGAAAAAUAAAAAAAAAUUAAUUAAUCUUCGACCUUUUCUUAGCGAUAGCGUCUUCGACGGCCUUCAAUUGCUUCAGCAACUCCUCGCGUCUCGAGGUCGCCUUCUUCGACUUAGGAUCCCCAGCCGGCGGCGAAUUCGCCGGCCUCUUCUUCGCCUGCGCCGAAUCCACCUUCCUGUAUUCGCCGGCGUCCGCCUUCUUCGCACCCACCGGAUUCUUCAGGUUCAAUUUAAUCUGCUUCUUCUCCGCCGAGUUGCCUUUCAGCGCGUCCAUGGCUUUCACCAAAUCCACA